AUGUCUGAGACCGCUCCACUCCCAGCUGCUGAAGCAGCGCCUGCGGCCGUGGUUGCCCCGGCCCCUGCCGCUAAGGCCGCCGCCAAGAAGCCGAAAAAGGCAGUGGGCAGCUCCAAAGCCCGCAAGCCGGCAGGCCCCAGCGUUACUGAGCUGAUCACUAAGGCUGUGUCCGCUUCCAAGGAGCGCAAAGGACUCUCUCUCGCUGCUCUCAAGAAGGCACUGGCUGCCGGUGGCUACGAUGUUGAGAAAAACAACAGCCGCAUCAAGAUAGGGCUUAAGAGCCUUGUCGGCAAAGGUACUCUAGUGCAGACCAAAGGCACCGGUGCCUCCGGCUCUUUCCGCCUCAACAAGAAGUCUGGAGAAGUUAAAGAGAAAGCUCCGAAAAAACGUGCAGCUGCGGCCAAGCCUAAGAAGCCAGCGGCUAGGAAACCUGCUAGCACACCUAAAAAGCCGAAGAAGGCGGUGACAGCGAAGAAGAGCCCUAAAAAAGCCAAGAAGCCGGCAGCAGCUGCAGCUAAAAAGGCAACCAAGAGCCCCAAGAAAGUGACUAAAGCUGUAAAGCCCAAAAGAGUGGCAGCUAAGAGUCCAGCUAAGGCGAAGGUGGUGAAGGCUAAAGCAAACAAGCCCAAGGCGGCCAAGCCUAAGGCGGCCAAGGCAAAGAAGGCAGCGGCCAAAAAGAAGUAAGCCCCGGUGGAAAAAAAUUCUUUCUCUUCAUCUCAACCCAACGGCUCUUUUAAGAGCCACCCAAAUUUUCUCAAAAAGUGCUG